CUGAUUGUAUUGCAGUAUUUUUGAGAAUAUAUCACACAAUCAUAGACAGGCACGACCGUGAGAGAAAAAUCUGCAAUAGAUAUGACGUUACAUAAUAGUACGGUGUUCAAACUACUGCCUGCUGCCAUGGCUGGGGUGGUGUUGAUGCUCGCGGCAAAGACGACGGCAUUUGGUGUUUUUAUUUUCGUAGCUGGUCAUCUGCAGCAAAUUGGUCAGCAAGGUCCAAUUAUUCGAGGACAAAUAGAAGAAUUCCAAGCAUUGAUAUCUGGUUACUCGUUUUAUUACGAUUUCGUUAUUCCUGGAAAACCGGUCAUAUUUCGACAGGUUCAGAAAACCAGUAUGCUUGGAAAUGUGACAUUCAUGAGAAAGAAUUUAUGGUCUGUUCGAGGUGAAGUCGAUCACCGCAAGGAAUGGAAAAGAGGGGGUUUCGAAUUUGUUCCCCGAAGCGUCAUGACGUUCAGUGAUUUUCUUGAUCGGUUUGAAACGGAAGAUCUAUACUGGGAUGAGAUGAUACCCAUGAAUCACACAAUUUUGAAAAAUAUACCUUUCCCACUUCCUAUAAAUUGUGAAGAAAUAACAGCAACUAUACAAUAUAUCAAUUUAAUGAUGAGCUCCGGAGGCGUCAGUUAUCUUUUACAUGACGAUGACGCUGAUAACAUGUUUUAUCUUCUGUCGGGAGAAAAAACGUGGUUAAUUGCUAACAGCAGCUUCAAGUCGCAGGCCUAUGUAGGUGCGGUCCCUCAUCGACCGGGAUUCUCCCCGGUUGUGCCAGAUGCUGUCGAUUUGUCAAGAUUUCCCAAAAUGUCGGAAGUAGAAUUUCAUGAAGUAAAAUUAAAAGCUGGAGAUUUGUUAUACGUUCCACGAAACUGGCCACACUAUGUGCGGUCUUAUGCUUCUCCGAAUAUCGCCAUCAAUGUCUGGUUCGGAGGAAAACAUUAUCUUUCUUUCGUGCCUGAUGAUUUGAGGUGUACCAGACAACGAAAAUCACCUAAACACUUGCUCAGAACGCAAGAAUUCGUUUAGUAAAAGGAAAUCUAUGGUCCAUAUUUUGAUUUUGUUUCAGUCAAAGAUUAUUUUAAUAAAGAAACUUGUAGAUCGUGAAAUAUUCUGUGGCAGUAUAUA